GAAACUCAGGAGAGCGUACCGGGUCCGGCGGCUUACUUAUCUCAGAUCGAAGAGCUUCCCACGACAGUCGACGAGGAACAGGUGGAGACGUUGGAGGAUAAGAUUGAGGCAAUGGAAUUAGCGGAGGAGUUGGCGGAGGAACAGGUAGAGCAAGCAAAAGGGUUGCUGCUAAAGGAAGGGGAUAUCUUUGCGCAAUCU